AUGGGCUGGGCAAUUCUGCUGCCGCUGCUGGGGCUGAUCCUCGGGAAUUUGGGAGGCUCCGAGCGCUGCUGGGACCGUCCCGAGUGCCGGGAGCUCGGAAUUCUGGCGUGCUCCGGAUCGUGCCGGGCUCAGAUUUCCUUGGAAUCUCCGCUUUUUCCCGGCAACGGGCAAUUCCAGCCCCUCGCGGAGAGCCUGCGCCGUUACGUCAUGAGCCACUUCCGAUGGAACCAAUUCGGCCGGAAAAACGGCACCGAUCCCGGCGCCGGCAAACGGCACGAGGCUCCCGGGAAAGACGCCGGAAUUCCCGGUUUUUCCCGGCGUGCCGAAGAGCCGGGAAAGGACGGGAAGCGCUCGUAUUCCAUGGAGCACUUCCGUUGGGGAAAACCCGUCGGGCGCAAGAGGAGGCCGGUCAAGGUUUAUCCCAACGGUGCCGAGGAGGAAUCGGAGGAGAAUUCCCGCUUGGAAUUCCGGCGGGAAGAGCCCGAGGAAGAGGAAGAGGAGGAGGAGGAAGAAUUCCCGGAAUUCCCGUGGAAUUCCCGGAAGGAGAAGCGUUACGGCGGCUUCAUGAGUCCGGAGCGGAUCCGGACGCCGUUGGUGACGCUCUUCAAGAACGCCAUCGGGAAGAGUUUUUCCAAGGAUGGGCAGUGAUGAGGGGAAAAACCCGGGAAAAACCCGGAAAAUCCGGGGAAAUCCCACGGGAUUCGCGGCCUCUGUAGUGUCCCCUUAGCGCUUAAACCCUUCCUAAUAAAAAAUUCCCGGGAUUCUGGGUGGGAAUUCCCAAGUUGGGAGUUCUUGGAAUUGGCGGGAUGGAUCCCGGUUGGGAAUUCUUGGAAUUGGGACGGAUCCCGGUUGGGAAUUCUUGGAAUUGGGACGGAUCCUGGUUGAGGAAUUCUUGGAAUUCUCGGAACGGCGGGACGGUGUAAAAAUAUUGUAAAGGAGGGGAUGGAAAAUUCCCGAAGAAA